AUGCUAGUCAAAAUUACUUUUGUGUUGCUUACCCUGGGAUUCAAGUCCACAAUUACCGCUAAAGUCAACUCCGCAAACACCCAGAGUCCGAGUACAUGUCAAGAAUUGUAUUCAGGGACUCUCAACAGAGCUCGAUGUGUUUCUGGGGGUGUUCCAGGCACUGAAAUCAAUCAUCAAUGUUCCCAGUGCCAUGGUGUUCCACCUACGGGGCAAUGGUGCCUGUUCACCAAUGGAACAUUUCCAAACAUAGCCAUCCCCAAUGACAGAACACUUUUCCGCGGUGAACGCGCCAAACCAAACGUAGCCUGCGCCAAUUACGAAAGAGUUUACCGUGGGGGUAAAAGUAUUGGAUAUGCUUGUUCCCCAAAAGAAAACUCGUUUGCAACUCAUUGGUGCAAUGCUCUCAACGCAGGAACAAUUCGAACUUCCUAA